UACAAAAAUUCUCAAAAAGCUCUUCAACGCUGCUUGGCAGCUGAAAAUCUAUAAUACCCCACUGUGUUGCUAUGGCUAACUACAAUCAAAAUACAAUAUUUUAAUUUGAACAUAUUGUAGCUUUGCCGGAUACCGUUCAGAGAAAAUUCGCGUACUAAUAUCAUCGCGAAUCGGUGUUUGAGUAUUAGAUUUGUUUAAAUUGAGCCGUAUUUUUCAUAACCGAUGUUCCGUGUGGACUCUUUUGUAUGACUGAUGCCUUAUCUCUCCCAGUCUAUGCCGUAGAAUUCGUGUUGAUGCAGGGACUUUCGGAAGAAAGUUAGUUCUGAACUGUCUUAGUUGGGAUUUUCGGUGUCAAAUUGUACUUACGAAUGCCUCUCUACAACAACAACAAGCACACGAAACGGCUCCGGGGCAAUUCAUGUCCGGCAGGUGUCUCGUUUGAAUAUCGAAAUGAUAUCAAGAAAGACGGACCCGGGCCGCUACAAAAGUCAAAAUCGACGAAUUUUAUCGGACUUCUUCUCGAAAAAGAGCACAAUCUCGUCCGCGAGAGACGACAAAGUCUUCCGGAUUCUUUCCGGGACGAGUUAUCCCGUCCUGCGGUUAUCGACGAAAAACAUAUCUCGGAUCAUUUUCCAAAUUAUUCCUCUCGACGGACAGGUGGCAGUGUACACAAUUCGUUUUACAGCAAAUUAGUCCAUGCGAAUUCGCAAAGUCAUUCGUCGGCUGACGCUUCUAAUCAGCAUACGAAACAAAACAAGUCGCCUGUUCAUCGCUGUUUUGGCAUUGCGCGUUCAUUUCUAAAUGAAAUACCCUUUGAUAUUUCGUCAGAACUUCGCACGGAAAAUCGAGAUAUUUACCCGACUAAUCUAACAUCGACAAACGAAAUUGAGCAAGCGAUAAAGAAAAGCAAUGAAGAUCCAUUGUCUGCCUCGUUAAAAGCGGUUAGUCAUUCGCAAAACGAUACCACGUUGUUGAAUACAUGCGAAUCAGCAGAAUAUUCUCAUUGCUCAUCGUUUAAAUCAUCCUCAACUGAAGAAAAAAGUGAAGAUCCUGGUAUAAUUUUGACUUUUAAAAGCCCGUAUCUCAAUAAAACUCUGCCAACCGAAUUAUUAAAAUCGUUUGAGAAUAUCGAGUGCAUUAGAAAAACACACGGCGUGUUGUCUAGUUCAAGCGGAAAUGGAAAACCUUUGAACGACGCUUUCCUUGGGACGUUUUUCGAGGAAGUGAACAGUUCAGAAGUCGAUGAACUGCUAGAACGUUUCAAUAGGUUGAUACAAAAGCGUGAUACAGAUGAUUUAUUAGAUUUCCAAGCAGACGACGACGUUAAACGGCUGGAAUCUAGCAUUAAAGGGACCGAACUUUUAGUUGAGAGCCUGGCCGCUCAGGUCGAGGAGACGAAAAGCGAAAUUGAAAUGUCGAGUCAAAAACAAGAGAACGAGAUAAACGAGUUGGUUUCGUUUAACGAAGAGAUUCACUCCAUUUUGUCGGCAAAGGAGUCUGAAAUUAGGGAAAUUCUCGAGCGUUUCUCUACCUACAGAGAUGCGGUCGAGGCUGAUACAAAGGAAAAAGAUGAAAUCUACUCGGAGGAGACGAGCAAACGUGAAGCUCUGAUUAACGAACUACAGUUAACCAGAGAUGCACUUCUCGAACAGCUGACACAACAGACUCAGAUGUUAAGGGAGAUCAUUUUUGACGCUCAAACGUUCGAAGCUACACACGUUGAACAGCUUGGCGAUGUUCAUCAGCUUGUCGCUGGACUUUUGGAAAAGUUUUCCGAUCAGGAAGCCAGCCUAGUUUGUCAACGAAUUAGCGUGAAACUAGAGACAUCGAUUGCUACAAUCAAAGAGAAGGAUUAUACAAGGUACGUCAGUUGCCUUGACAUCAGUGAACUGGAAGAAAAGUCGUCGGAAGAAUUAAAGGAAAAUUACCGGAGUUCAAAAUUGGGCAAAAGUUUAUCAUCCUCCGUCGACGAAGGAACAGGAUACUCCAUCAUGUCUUCAUCAGACGGAGAGAGAAACGAUUCAACGCUAACAGACAAUGAACCCGCUUUGAACAACGAACGUGUUGGACAAGGAAAAUUCUCGUCUGAUAAUUUUAUAAGCGGCUCGCUAAUUGGUUCAAAAAACGACGAUUUGUACGAGUCCUCUUCAGGAUGAGAAAUUGUGGUAGUUUUCAAGUACAGCCGAAAUGAUGUUUUGACAGCUCAUAACAGCCUUGCAACAGGCUUGCCGCUGCUAAACUUAUCUCAACUAAUGGCCUCCCAUUCGACGAGGAACGAAAACAAACAAAUUUCACCCCGCCGUCAAAACCAGAGACGCUUUCGGUCAGUCUAGCCGUCAAAUAUUUCAUAUUGCAAGGUUUCAACAAUGUUGUGUGCGCAAGAUGGUUUUUGUCAUUUCCAGCUGCCGAAGUACGGUUGAAAGCUGCUGUAUUGCACCGGAAAUCGCUUUGUUUUGGCUCUUUUCGAAACGAGUACAGUGAUAGCAAGAUAAUUCCUGAGUUCUGAUACAGAAAAGCCCAUACACAUCCCGCGUUUGUGUGGAUACAAGUUACUAGACGUUUGUUGUUGCGAGAUUCCAUCGAAGAGCUUUUGUCCAAGUUGCAUUUGUGGAUUUUGAAGGAUGGAAAGCGAGCUCGGAGCAACAGGCAGUUCAAAUCCCGGUGCAAGAUCCGACCUGGAGAUGUUGGAAAUGCAAGCCACUCUAGAAGGAAAGGAUACAUUUAUUCGUCAACUUCGCGAGGAGCUGAGGGUAAAUGGUGACGUCCGCCAAAGCAGUUCGAGUUUCGAGAUGUUCGAGAACGGGAAGUUGACAAGCGACUUCGAAGGUAAACUUCACGAUAAAGAUAUCGAACUCGGCCGUUUUCAAGAAGAGUUGGACGCAUCGAGAAGAUCUAUGGACCUCAUGCAGAGACAAUAUAACGAGAUGAAAGAAACGGCAGAUAACAAGGACAGUUUGGUGAGAAAACUUCGUCGCGAGAACGAUGAUAUGGCAGAGAAAUUGGAUCAAGCUCACAAGGAGAAGACCAGCGCUGUGGAGAAGUUAAAUUUGGUUGAAAGUGAUAUGUCUUCUUUGAAUGUGGAGAAGGACUGGCUUAAAUCGCAGUUAAAUCUUGCCGAGCGAUCUUUGAACGAAGUCAGCAAAAGUUCCAGUGCUACACGAAAAAGUGCUUUGAAGAAAUCCUCCGUGAGUCGAAAUGAAAAUCUCCAGGAAUUACAAAAACUUACCUCGGAGUACGAGUCGCUAUUAAAGUCAGCAGAAUACGGCCAUCAGGCCACCUCGGGUGGUUACCCCGGGUCUGCGGAAAAUGCUGAUCUGAGAAACGGCAAUCCAAAAGAUGGUAAAUUCAUACGAGAUAUGCACAAGCGUAUGGAUGACAUUGAGAAGAAGGUAAAAGAAUCCGUUAUUACUGAAAGAUAUCAAAUCCACGCAGAGAAAGAGAAUCUGAUACAAGAGUUCAAAAAUCUUCACACGACCCUCGCUCAGCAUCAACGAAUGCACGACUCGUAUGCCAAGGACGUGGAGGCCAAGGACAACUUGAUCAAACGAUUGAAGUCGAUCAAGGAGUCGCUGGAGAGUGAAGUGGAUGGAUUGAGACAGGAAAUGCUGAAAGUCAAGGAGACGAGUGACCGCUACGUGAAGGAAAAACAUGUUGAUAAUAUGAAGUUUAUUACCGCUAAGAGCAAGAUCUCCAAACUCGAAGCAGAACUUGCGAACGAACGUAGACAGAAAGAAUUUCUCUCAGUUCAGCUCAGCCAAGUUGAAUCUCACAGCGGUCAGGACAAAGACCAGAUCAUUUUGCGCCUGGAAACACAACUUAAAGAGCAUCGCACGCUUUGCGAGAAAUAUGAAAACGAGAGCGUCACCAAGGAAACGGUUAUCUCUGAAAUGCGCACGAAGUUGGCCACGUUGGAAACGGAAGUGCGGAAAUCCCGCGAGGAUACCAGGGUGGUCGUGGAGACGAACGUGGAUACGAAGGAGCAUUUGGCGAUGAAAAGGGACCUUGAUGCAGCAAGAGGACAAAUACGAGAGCUGGAGAAUUCCCAGGGAAUUUUGAGAGAGAAGAAAGCUCGUUUGGAACAAGAGCUUGGAAUAAUGCAAGAGAAAGUUCGUCAUCUUGAGAGCUCUGAACGAAGUCAUACGUCAAAGCUUACCGUGUUGGAGGACACGUGUAAGACUGCAAAUAUAGAAGUCACAAAGGUUAACGCAUCCUACCAGACUCUCAAAGAACAAAAAUCAAAAGCCGAGGAGGAUCUUGUGACGGCAAAUGUGAAAUUAAACCAGCUGAAGACAGCCUACGAUGCAUUGAGAAAGGACAAGAAAGAAUCCAAACAUGAAGUGAUCCAAUUGCACAAGAAACUGACUUCUGUCGAACUCUCGAAAGAAAGGUUGAACAACGAGCGUGUGGAAACGCAACAUCACGUCCAGGAAACGCAGAACAGACUCUUGAAAGUUGAGACUCAAUGGAAGCGAAGCUCUCGAGAAAACGCAGAGCUUAAAAGGCAAAUUGAGGAAAUAGGGACUCAGCUCAAGAGCUGUAAAGACACCAUUGAUCUUCUCAACAGUCGCCUCGCCGAUUCGCAAAGGGAGAUUCAAUUCACCAAAACGGAGUUGACGAGAAAAGACAAAAUCAUGGAGGAAUCGAAAUCUCAGUUUUUGUCACAAAAAGAUGAACAUGAAAAGCUAUUGCGAGAGUAUAACUCACUCAUGGUCGAACUUCAUACCAAUGACAGAGAAAAAGUGAAGGUUGAAAGCGGCCUUAUUUCGUUGGGAAAGAAACUUUCAGACUCUGAAACGUUGCACGUAAAAGCAAAGAACACUCAACGGCGUUUUGAAGAGGACAACGAGAGGUUGAAGGAGCAAAUACUGGAAUUCAAAACAAAGUUUGCUUCGUUGCAACAAGAGAAUAAGAGAGUGGAAAGCGAAGCUACCGAACAGAAAAGAUCCGCCACAAAACUGACUGCAGAUGUGGAACGAUUGAAUCAUGAGAUGAAAUCGAAAGCAGAUGAAGUAGAAGCUUUGAAGAGAUCAGUGGAACAGCUUGAAGGAGAAAAGCGAGACGAUACAAAGAAGGAAAUUUCGAUGAAGGAAGAGCUGAGGAAUGCUUUGAGAUACAAAGAGGAAGCACUUGAGGCCGCGCGAACAAUUGAAGGACUGAGAAGAAAAAGCGACCAACUUGUCAAGGAUUUGAAAAAGAAGACUGGUCAAGUGGAGGCACUACAAGAGGAAACGACAAUACUGCAGUUUGAUCUGGACACUAAAGUUCGUGAAAUUGCAUCCAGGUCUGGCGAAAGUGACAAGAACGUGGAAAUACAGAAACGAGAUUUAGAGCUCAACGAGACCAGGAAACAACUGGUGAAGGCCGAUCUUCAAGCCCAGAAACGUUCCCAGCAGAUUGUUGAGUGCAAGAAAGAGAUCGCGACGCUUCAGUUGAAAAUUGAAGAAUUGGAAGAAGUGAAAACGAACUAUCGCGAGAAGGAAAAGAAGUUGUUCAGAGAUUUGGCAAUGGUGACAGAGGAGUUGAACAGACGUGACGCAAAAAUAGCGAAAUUGAAUGGAGAGAUGGUGCGAAAUGAGGAUAUGCUAGGAACAGCCGACACAAGGUUAUUGGACUUGCAACAGCAGUUAUCAGAGGCGAGGAAGAGGGUCACUGAGAUCGAGGCAUUCUCCGAAAGACUGAAAGGAGAUCUCGCCGACGCCGAGGUGAAGUACUCUAACGAAGCGAAGAAACUGGAGACGAGCAUCUCGAAUCUGACGUUGCAGCGAGAUAUGUUACAACAGCAGCUGAAGGAGACCAGGAUUGAUUUGAAGAAGAGAUUGGAUGAGAUUCAGGGUUUGCAGAAGACAGUCAGCGACGGCGAGUUAAAGACUGAAAAUCUUGGGAGUGAUGCAAAGAAACUGCAGAAUAUAAUAACAAGGCUGAAUGAAACACGCCAAGAAACUGAUAAUGAACUGAAUGAUUUGAGAAAAGAGGUCGCGGACUACAAGGUAAAACUGGAUGCAAAAGAUUGGAGGAUUACUGAUUUGGAAGGAGAACUCCAAGCGCACUCUUCAAAACAAACAGAAUGGGAGACCAGUUAUCGUCAACUAGAAGCAGAAAAAUCGACGAUGCUCGAGUCCCAAGUGGAUGCUGAGACUAAAACAUCAGAGUUGAAAGCGAGUUAUGAAGAAAUGGAAAAGACUUUGAAGAAGGAAAAUCAAGAAAGGUGCGUGAAGGUCACCACGUUGGAAGCACAGAUCCAGAGCAUGGAGAAACAGAAGGAGAGUUUGAGGAAGGAAUUGCACGAUACUAAAGAAGCUCUUCGACAGAGUAAACACGGAUUUUCUGAGUUGCAGAAAGACUAUAUCGAUCAUCAAAAGAGUUGUGACGGAUUUCGGCAAGAGGUUAUAGUGAAACGCGAAACCAUUGAACGCCUGGAGUCGUCGGCCCAAGUUUUGGAAGUGAAAAUCGAAACGCUGGCGGAUGAACUCUCGCGAAACGAGACAGCCGGAGAAUUGUUGAAGAAGCAAAAAGAUACAGUCGACAAGGAACUCCGUGGCGCUGAGAGCAGAAUUACGGAACUGGAAACGUUGAUUUCGGACAUUCAAAACGAUAAAGAGAAAGUUCUCAAAGAGCACGAAACUUGUUUAGCGCAGUUAAACGACGCUGGUAGGGGUGAACAUUCGGCAAAGGAGAAGAUUUUGGACCUGGAAACAAGGUGCGAAGAGGCUCAUGGUAAAAUAGCUGAUCUCGAAAAACAACUGGAGAAUGCACGAGCGAAGCUGGCGCGAUUCGAGGAACUGUUUGGCGAGAAUAGAGACGAAAUAUCAAAGUUGGAAAAAGAAUUGGCAACGGCGAAGGGCAAUGUUGUCGAGCUUGAGUCCAUCUGUGAAGUUCUGGAGAGGGAGAAAGAUGAGUUAAAACGACAGCUGGAGCAUGCUGAGAAACAGGUCUCAGAGAUGAAGAAUUCUCGUAAAACAUACGAAGAUGAAAACGACCAGUUGUUGCAAGAAGUUAAAGACACUCGCAGCAAGGUUACAAAACUCGAAGGAAUGCUUUCAACCAUCACUCGGGAACGAAACGGGCUUAAACAACAACUGGAAGAAUUCAAAGAUAAACUGCUUCAAAGCAAAGAAGAAAAUGGCGUGCUCGAGAGAAAGUAUUCUGAAAAUUUAAGAGUUUUGGAGAAGCUUAAAACCAACGAACGUUCGGCUGAGAAGACAAAAGAAGAACUUCGUGGUAGAGUUACUCUGCUUCAAGACGAACUGGAUUCAAGGUCGCAAGAGACAACGAAGUAUCAGAACGAAUUUGCCCGCGCGCAGGAAGAGAAGAAAUACCUUCACGAUGAGCUUCUCCUGUUCCAACAAAAACUACGAGAGUUUGAAAUCAACGAUACAACUUUACUGAAAGACAACGAAACUUUGAAAGACGAAGUUAAUUCGUUCUACCAGCGAGUUUCCGAGCUUCAAAGCAACUGUCGAAAUAUGGAAGAAGAGAAUAUCCUGCUUCAAAGGGAUCUCAGUUUGUCCAAACAAAGAAAUGAGAAACUCGAAGGUGAACUGCAAGAAUUGAAGAAGAAGUCGUCAAUAUUAAGUUAUGAGUUGGAUGAAAAGAAUGCAGACUUCAGUCGAGUGUCAAACGAGUUUGUCAUCGUAAAAUCGACCGUUGAGGAACAGUACAGCGCGUUACAGGAUUAUGAGAAAAAGGUCAGCGAUGAGGAGGAUUUACUGGAAGGUCUUCAACGGGAGAAGUCUGAGAUGGAAUCACUUCUAAAUACUGUUCGAGACGAAUUGAAUGUCAAGAAAGCUGAACUCGACAAAUCACACGAAGAUAACAAAGUACUUCAGGGUAAUGUAUCUUCCCUUACCGGCGAGGUCAACCAUUUGAAAUCAAGCCUUGAUGCAACAGACAAGAAGAGAUCAGAGCUGGACACAACCUUGAGAUCGAAAGCUAAAGAGUACGCAAAGCUUGGUCGAGGUUUCAAACAGACCGUUUACAAACAAAAGGAAUUGGAACAAAACCUUUCAGAAGUCUCGGCUAAGAAAGACGAGCUUGAUUCAGAGCUUAAAAACAGCCGCAAAAGAAUCAUUGAAUUGGAACGAAUAACAGCAAGCAAGAUGGAUGAACUGGAAUCCAUGGCGCAGGAUUUAAAUGUGAAAGAUGAGAGCGUUUCCAUGCAUAAAGGUAAACUGGAACUAGCCACACAGUCCGAAACAAAAGCCAAGGAUGAUCUUAUCUCGGCCCAAAAUAGAAUCACAGAACUUGAGAGUGACGUCGAAGGGCUCGCUGAAGAGAAACGUGUUUUGCAAGACGAAGUGGAAAGGAUGAACACAAGAAUUCGCAAGCUCGAAUCACAGCUUGAGGUUAGCAGAGAGGAACGCAAGAGGCUUCAGGCCUCGCUCGAAGAUGGACGGUUGAAAUUGACCACUCUUCGCGAGGAGUUCGUCGAAGCUUCCGGGAAACGCAAGGAGUCAGAAUCGCAAAGCGAGAGGCUUAAAACUAGUUUAGGUAAGAAGGAGACGGACAUCGAGGAGCUGAAGGCGAGAGUGAUGCAGCUGAAAGAGUUGGUGGGGACCUUGACGGCGUCUGAGGCGAACUUGAAGCUUGCGUCUGAUAAGUUGGAAGAUGAGAAUAAAGAUUUGAACGCUGAAGUUGGAACUAUGGAGCAGAGAAUGGUGGAUCUUGAAGGAACUGUGAGAUCAUUGCGGGAUAAUAAUAUGCAACUAGAGAUCGAAGUCAAUGCUACACGUAACAAAGUUGUAAGCUUUGAGUCAACCAUUGAAAAAUUGAAGAAAGAGAAGGACGCGGUCAAGCGGAAUCUUGAUAGAACAUCGCGAGAAUUACAAGACAGCCAAAACACUGUCGCGAGACUGGAUGAAAUACUGAAAGAUCAUGAAUGUAAGAUCUCAGAGAAGGAAGAGGAUGGUAAACAAGCUGAGGCAAACUUGUUGAAGGUAAAAUUGGAGAAUGAGGAAAUGCAACGAAGGUUGGCUGAGUUGACAACAGAGCUCUCUGAAAAAACAAACAAUUGCGAGGACAGUUUGAACCAGAUUGAACAACUAAAUGAACAGAUUAGCGAGCGAGAUAACACGAACAACGAGCUGAGAUCGGAGACGCAGCGUUUGGAGAAAGACGUGGAACGUUUGACUUCUGACCUGAGUGAACACACCAUCAAAUACGACGAAUUGGAAAAGCUUUUCCAGGCGACCACAUCGAAAGUUAAAGACCUUGAAUCGAAGUUGAGAACAAGCUUUACAGAGAAUGAGAAAUACGAAACCGAGCGUCGUUCCUGGGUUGAAACUCAACGUGAGAAGGAAACAGCCAAAUCAAUGCUCGAACAAAAAGUUCUUCAGCUUGAGACGAAAUUCAGGACGGCUGAUUCCGAAAGAAAGGAGCUUAAAGGAAGAGUGUUUGCGCUUCAGGAUGAAAUCUCCGACCUCGAAUUUAAGCUUGAGAGCAAGACAAGCGAAGGCAAUUCGUUGGAGGCACAGGUGAAGAUACUCGGUGAAAAAUACGAGAAAUGCUUGGAGGAGAACUCUCGAAUUAACAGCGAAGCUUCCGAGUUAAGACUCUCUCUUGAAUCGAGCCAACGAGACCUGAAAGAACGCGAUGAAGAAGUCAAGUAUUUGACGGAUAUGAAAACGAGGGUUGAAAAUGAGAUGAUUUCUCUUAAGGAGAACAUGUUUGCUGGCAAGGAUUCUGGCAACAAAGAAUCGCAGUUGCAAGAGAAGCUUCAGAGAGAGGUGUUGGACGCCCACAAGGCUGUCUCUGAGCUCGAAGUGCGCGUGAAGAAAGCGGAAACAAGUGAAAACAGGAUGCGAGAGGAGCUGAGACGAAAGAUGGAGAAAAUGACAAGUUUGGAAGUCGAGUUGGAUGAGGUACUGGAAGAGAACGAAAGAUUGGCGAUAGUGAUUGGUGAACUCAAACGUUCAACGGUAGAUUACAAGAAUCAGCUCGCAGGUGCUCGACGGGAGGUAAAGGACGUUUCGGGAAAGUUUGAAAAGGCAAAAGGAACAUUGGAAGAGUCUACCACCGAGGUUGGUCGACUUAACGGCGAGUUGAACCGAUUGGAGUCGGAAGUGACCGCCUUGCGCGAAAAUAAGACGAGCAAAGAACGGGAAGUCACGAAGUUGACGCAAAAGGUACAACAAAUUGAAGAAGAUCUAAGUGCGGCAUCACAGAAGAAAAAACAGGCUGAAAAGUCUGCAUUGGAUCUGGAGGAGACAGCAAAAUCCAGAGACACAGAGGUAUCUUUCCUGAAGAGCAAACUACAUGAUGUGGAAAUGGCGCACGCCAGUUUGAAAGAGAAGCAGAAAGAUUUAGAGCAGGAUUGUAUCGUUGUGAAGAGCAAGUACUCAAAGCUGGAAGCUCACUAUGAAACCGUCCACGAAAAAAAGGUUGUAGCCGAGCGUGGAAGCGAAAUGGUUAAGAAGGAAUGCGAGGAGCUACGCGCAAACUUACAAAGCGCAGAGAAGGAGUUGGACGACGUUCGAGUGGAACUAAGCUCGACCAAGAAGAAGGUUUCCACGUUAGCUAGGGAGAGUGUGGUCAAGGAGACAGCUGACCAGGAUGAAGAAGAGGUAAAGAAGCUGCGGGCGCAGGUUACCGAACUCCUCGCCGAAGUGGAUGACGGGAAUAAGAAGGCAAAACAACAGGAAGUGACGUCAGAAAGAUUGGCCAAAGAUGCGGAACAAAAAACGAAGCAAAUUGAGAAGAUACGAGAAGAGAAGGAUGCUUUGGUUGAGGAGAAUAGCAAAUUGCGUCAAGAGAUCAAUAUUGUCCAACUCUCAGCAAAAAAUGUUCAAACUCGUUUCGAAGAGCGCGACCAGGAAGUGUUUGGAAUGAUGAAACGCCUUUCGGAAUACGAACUCGAAGUCGGAGCUCUCAGAGAUGAAAACGAAGACCUCAGUGAAGAAUUAGACAAGUGUCAGAAAGAUUUGGCUGACAAUGACAUCGAAAUGCAGAGGAUAAAGAAACAAAACGCUGCCGCAAAAGGCGAGCUUGAAGAGCUGACGGACCGAAUGAAUAAAACGAAAGAUGAGAUGACAAAUCUGCAAAGGAUUUUGGCAGAGAAAGACACCAUCGUUGAAAUGCAACGGAAGGAGCUUUUCGAAAAAGACGCAGACGUUGAAACCUUGAAAACCGCGAAAAAGAUUCUUGGAAAGGAUGUGAAUUCUACGAAAGAACAGCUGGUCGCUCACAAAGAAAAGGUGGAGUUUCUCGAGCGUCAACACUAUUCCGACAACAUGUUAGUCCAGGACAAAGAGGCGAAGGUAUCAGAACUGGAAUACUCAAUGCAAAUGAUGAAACAGGAAAAUGAUCGGUUACAACAAGAGAUUUUGAAACUGAAAGAUUUGAUAAGCGAACUUCGAGGUAAGAAUCAGAAACUUCAACAAGACUACGAAGGAUCACAACGAGAGGUCCAGCUGGUGCAACAGAAGUUGGUGAAGAUUGAAACGAAAUAUGAAAGUUUGGAGGAAACAAGAGUGAAACAGGUUACGGAGCUGAACGAAAUGAGACAUAAAAACUCGGAAGUUAAGAUCCUUCUUGAUUCUACGGAAAAGGAAAAAUCCAGAUUGAUGCAAGAAAUCACUGACUCACGCGCUCAAAAUGAACAAAUAAAAUCCUCGUUGGACGCGACGGUCAAAGCGAAAAGCAAGUCAAGCGAGGAACAAGAUAUCGCCAGCAGAAAAUACGUUGAGCUCAAAGGCACUCUAGAAACAGCGAAGGGUGAGAGGAACGAAUUUGAAUCGAAAUUUUUGGAAAUGCAAGCAAAGACUUCAAGUCUCGAGAAAGAGUUGGCAAAAUCUCGGAAAGACAAGGAUGCAGUUGAGAAGGAAAUGUUUGUUCUACGAAAUAAGAUGACCGAGCUUCAACUGUAUCUCAAAGACAGCGAGAACAGAGAACGCAUCGCUGCAGAAGAGCUGGCAAGUGUUCGACAGAACGUGACACGGGUUGAACGAGAGUUGGCGCAGUUUCGUAACAAGGCAACGCGACUCGAAGCAACCUUGAAGACCAGCAACGAACGAUCUCAACACCUUUCAGACGAGAUGGUCGACACGGAAGAAGAAUGCGCAAAACUUCAUCAGGUCAUCGACGGUAAUCGGGAAGAGAUGGAAAAACAGAGACAAGAGCUGACUGAGUGUUAUAAAAAGAUCUCCGAACUCGAAGCUGCUUACGAGGGCUACGUCAACACACGUAACGAGCUACAGAAAGAGCUGCUACAUGCAAACCAGAAAUCAAAUGAGAUGGAAGACGAAGUUCAGACGACGCUUAAAGCCAUCGCUCAAGUCAACGGGCUGUUGGAAGAAUCUCAGAGCAAGAAUGAACAAUAUAAAAUUCAGGUGCGACAACUACAAGAACGAAUUUUGGAGAAGCAACGAUCCUGCGAUGUGUUGUUCUCAGAAAAAGCAGAAAUGAUGGGCAAAGUCGAUUCACUCGAGGAAGAAGCUGUGAGAUUUGAAAGAGAAAUUAGCAUUCUGAAACACGAGAUUUCCACAACGAAAGUCGACUACGAGAGUUUACUGUCGGAGAAGACGAGCUUGGAAGAAAGCGUCAUUCAGCUGAACUUGAUCGUCAAGGAACACGAGAACGAGAAGGAAGAAAUUAGAAAAGAAAAUGAAGUACUAAGCAAGGAUAUGACCGCUGUGAAGAAUGAUUUAUCAACGCUUCAAACCUCCCUCGAGUCCAAUGUCAUUACGAAGAGUACCGUGGAAGAGGUUGCUAGUUCAAACAAUGAGAUGGAUCUCUUCACCAUGAUGGAGUUGGAAGAACUGCGUUCAGAACGCGCAAAGUUGCAAAAGGAAUUAGCGUCCUUGAAACAACAAGUUCGUGAAGACGAGCAAGUCAAAACACAACGUGACCAACUCGAGACGGCACUGGCCGAGUCCACAGCGAAAAGCACCGAAUUAGAGACGACGCUUUCCGACCUGGAACGAGAGAAGAACAUCGCGUUGAAGAAUUUGGAGCAAAGUUCCAUCAAAGUCAAAGAAUGUGAAACCAAUAUGGAAACACUUCGUGAUGAUUGCGCUGAGGUGAAAAAUGAUUUGAUAUCAGCCGAGCAACGAAUUUCCGAGCUGGAAGCACUACUCCAAGUUUCUCAGAAUCGCGCAGAUGAGUUGGAACGUGAUUUCGUCGCCACAAGAGAGCGUAAUGUCCACCUGGAGACUGGCUACAAAAGAAUCCAGGACAUCGAAUCCGGGCUGCGCGAGGAGAUUGUGAGUCUGCACAAAAGAGUGACCGUUUCCGAGAAAGAACUGGCGGAGAAACGAGAUCAGAUGGAGGCGUGGGAACGAGCCCGGGAGGAGGAUUCUGGAAAGUUUCAGACGUUAAGGAAGGAUUACGAAGAUGUCUCCAGAGAGUUGACAGGAAUGAAGUCGGUGAAGAGUUUGGAUUCUAAUCAAGUUGACCAACUACAACAACGUUUGAUGUCAAUGGAAAGGAAGCUUUCCGACAAGGAACAAGGAAUGAAGGAUCUGAAUGUAGAUAACUCGCAAAAGCAGUUCGAGCUUGACAGAAUGAAAGCAAAGAUCUCUCAACUACAAUUAGAGAUAACAAAUAUCUCUCAGGAAAAAACUACGUUGAUCGCUCAGUUUGAAGAAAGCAAAAGAAAGUACAAACAAGACUUGUCCAUUUCUUCCAGCAAAGACGUGCAGUUGAAGGAAGUCACAACAAAGAUAGAGACGUACAGGCUAGAAAUAAUUGAGAAAACAAAGAUGAUAGAGACACUACGUAACGAAAAAGUAUCGGUUGAAACUAAACUUCGUACAACCAUCCAGAACUAUGAUAAGUUACAAAGCGAAAUCACAAUACUACGAAAAGCCGAAGAAGACUCCGAAAGGCUUUUUGAAAGCAACGAGGCAAAGAACAAGAAUCUUGAAAAGGAGUUGCAAGCUGUUCGUGAAGAAAAUGAUCAGAUUAGAAAUAAGAUGAUUGAAGCUCACAAAAACGUCUGCAGCCUCACUGAAAGUUCGUCCGACUCUGAAAAAGAGAACGCAAGAAUGAAACAAGAGCUGGCUCAACUGCAGAAGAGAGUCUCCGAACUUGAGCGGGAAUGUCGGGAACAUAUCUCGAAAUGCGACAAGCUGUUGGAGGAAAACAAAAGCAUGAAUGACGAGAUUUUGAACUCCAGGAAGAAAAAAGAGGAAGCUGAGAAUGAUUUGAAAGCUUCAAAACAAGAAUUUGGCGAGUUGAAAGCUAAAGUGCAAGAUCUCGAAGGUGCUAUGACCACAGAGCACAGUCGAGGAAACGCGAUGAAGAAUGACUUAGAUACUUGGCAAAAGAAGGCGACAGAAGCGCAAAAGAACUUUGAGAAUUCAUCAAAACGAAACAAGGAAUUCGAUCAGGAAAUAUCCGAACUUAAACAACAGUUAACCCAGAUGAAAUAUCAAAUUGAGGCUUUAGAAAUUGAGAAGAAAGAUAAGCUACAGUUACAAGAGAAGUUGAGCUCGUCUGAAGCGAAGUAUAAAGAGUUGGUGAAGCGAAACGAGAGAGACCAAGGCGAAUUCUCGAGCGUGGAACACCUCAACGAAACUUUGAAAGAAGAGAAUCUUCAAUUGCACGUAAAUCUUGGCAGAGAAAAAGAAGAAAAAUCCAAUUUGGAAAUAAAGAUAACUAUCAAAGAAGCAGAACUCCGAGAAAUGGCCGUCCAACUGAACGUCCUCACGCAGGAAGUCGAGAAGAUGAAAUCGCAAGCUGGCAACGAAAAGGGGGAACGAGACUCGCUCGAACAUGAAUACGACGCUUUGAAAAUUGAAAAUGGAAAGUUAGAACAUGAAUUGAAAGAAACAAAUGAGACAAUCGACUCCUUGAAACGAAGGCUGGAGUUGAUGACGCAAAACUACGAGAAUGAGAUGAAACAACUUGAAAUAUUGCGAGCAGAAGAGACGGAAAACAAACAAACAAUCGAGAGGUUACAGAAGGCAAACAGCAAGGAAGCUCGGCAACGCAAAGCUGUUGAAUACGAGCUGAAGUUGGUUCUGGAAAAACACUCCGAUUUGGAAGAGCUUCACAAGAAAUGCGAGAUUGAAAAGAAAUCUUUAAGAGAUGAAGUUAUGGAAAGGACACGUGGUGGUGAUGAGGGAUAUAAGACGAUGGAGUUUAUUGUUGGGAAAGAAAAACAAGAGCUUGAGUACCAACUGCAAGAUCUUAAAGAGAAGUUAGCUAAAGUUGAGUCAGGCAGUGUUGAUGCGAAGGCUGGGGAGAGUGAACUGGCGGCUGAAGUUGAGAACGCGAAGGUGGAAAUUUCAACAUUAAAAGUAGAGUUGGACACUGUGAAAAGAGAAAGAACGACAUUGGAAAUUGAAGUGAAGAAAUACAAGGAAAUUGAAGCGUCCAAGAACGAAGAAAUUAGCACGCUACAAAACCAUGUGUCGACCUUAGAAAUGGAAGUUAAAGUGAUUAAGAAAGAUUUGUCCGAUAGUCAGAGAUCAUACCGUGAGCUCCUGCUGAAGUUUGAGCCAGAACAGAAACCAGGAGUCGCUAGGAGCACAUUGGAGCUGCCACUCGGCGUCAAAACCAGAGAAACAUCGACUACACAAAUUGCCAUCACCAAGACGAGCGCGCAAUCCACGUCUUCAAGUUCGUAUGACGUCACUAGUCCCAGUUCCCCACGGAUGACUUCGCAGUUGACGAUCGGUCCCAAACGAGGCUCGAAGUCUACGUCGCCCUCUAGUCCCAGGAUGAUAUCUCCCGCCUCUCCCAGGAGCGCUGGAACUAAUUCACCGACAUUUGGCGUGCAAUCAAAAUUUGGGUUCAAGGCGGAUUCGAAAAGGGAACGAAAGCGUACGACCAGUAGCGAAGUGACAAUGUUGGAGAUCGAACACAGGUCGAAGACUCCCGAGUCCGAGACGAUGAUCAUCUCACCUAAAAGUCCGACAAAAAGUCCGAGCAAACAAGUCUCAAUGAUGAGGCUGAACGUCGGGGAGACACGGGAUGCGACCGCUCUCGAGAUGACAGUCGCGCGGGACGAGAAACAGGGUGAGUUCGAGAUUGCGGGCUUGGACGCCCAACGCAAACGGCGGCAAGAAAGAAAAGUAAGGUUGAACCAAAUAAGUAAACGACCGCCAAUAGAAUGAGUUGGCAGCAUUUACUUUUUUAAACUUUAGCAAAACGUAAAGAUAUACGCACUCAUUAUUCAAUCUUGUUAUUUCAAACAUACACUAGAACUUUGCAAAAUACACGAUAUCUAAUCAAUAAUAUUUUUAAAAUAACAUGCACGCAUUGUCACAGACACAAAGAACUGUAAGAUAUAAAUAAUGCACUUUUUUGUAAAUAUAUUUACGCGGAUCUAAUCAAUGUUAUUAGUUAUGACUGAAUUACACUUAUAAAUAUUCCUGAAGAUUUGCAUAUUUUACGCAAGCUCGCAAGCCAAAGCGAAUAGCCUGGGAACGGAUUUGUAUUUUUUGUAAUUUGUAGUCAAGUCAGUCUUUGUACUAGCGUUUGUAAUAUCAUGAAAAAUAUGUUAUCAAGUCUUAGUACAGAUCAGUUCACUGGUACA